AUGGCUUCUGGGAUCGAAUAUGGUUAUUGUGUAAACUUAAAGCCACAAGAAAAUCAUCAAGAAUCGCAACAUAUCAAUGGCCAACCCCUGAACCAGGCAGCUUCGAUGUUACGUGUAAUUUUCUCGCUAUAUAAGUUCCAAAUCUUUGGUAACUUAACGGAUGGGUCGAUGGUCAGAACAAGACCUGUGGAAAUAAACAGCGAAGAGACUUGCAUCCCUAUCACCAGUUCAUUGGUUGAUGAUCAUGAACAAGAAUUUAAAGAGAUCUUGACAGUGAUGGGAAUCCCUGUAAGCAAGCAAUCGGACAUCUUAAAAGAGAUGGCAUCGGUUGCUCGUAGCAAGGAUACUUUUAGUGGUGUCUUCAUGGGUGUUGAAUUAUUGGAGGGGACCUUCCAGGAAAUUACUGAAGCUGAUAUUGCUAGAGCUGAGAUGGAGUCAAUGGAUAUUCAGGCUGGACCAGUCCCGGCAGCCAAGUCCUGUAUUGAUGCAUUGGAAAGGGUGGAUUUUGACGGUUCGGCGUCAGCGAGAGACUGUACUGUUUGCAUGGAAGAAAUUGAUGCAGGGAGAGAAGCAAUUCGGAUGCCGUGCUCGCAUGUUUAUCAUUCAGAUUGCAUUGUUCGGUGGUUGCAGACUAGUCGCUUGUGUCCUCUUUGCCGCUAUCGUAUGCCCUGUGAAUAUUUGCGAUCUUGA